CUCGUCCUCUCUCCUCUCCGCACCAGUCACUCACACCCUCACAUCCAUCGCACCCUCGAUUACCUCCUCCUUUACACCCGGCGCGUGGCUUUGCCCCGAGCGUUCACACAGAGAGCGAUUAGAGGAAAGGUCACAGCACGAGUGCGAUGGUAAUCCCUCACCUCGAGACCCCCUGUCUCAUCACGUGUUCUAGAUUAGCUCGAGGCCUGGCUGAACCGGGGGAAAACCCGUGUUCAUUACGGAUCGGCCCGGAGUCCAGAACCACACUGAUGUGAUUUUCAUUUCCACAUAUAGUAUGGUGAGUAUUUAAUAAUCUACGUGAAUAUGAACAGCACAGGGUGUGUGUUUCUUUGUAUAAAAAAAAUAAAUAAAUAAAAAUACAAUAUAAAGAAACCCAGAAGAGGACGAUAUGAAGAGCUCCGCCGUGAGCCGUAACCUUAUUACAUCUAAAUAACCGCGCUCAGACAAGUGUGCUGCUGAAUGCUCUUAGAAAUAAUAAAGCUGCAGUAAAGGCCAUAACCGCAUAUUAAAUCUUCUGCUGAUGCUCAUUUGGUUUGUGUUUAAAAAAAAAAAAAAAAAAAAAAGUCAGAUAUUAAAAUCCGUAAUUAUCAAACACUUUUUUUUUUCCUCAUCGCGAGAACUGGUCCAUGUUUGCUCCUGAAAGUCCAGAGAUGGAAAUGAACCGCGCGUGUGUUUUGUUCUAAUAAUGACGUUUUAUUUCAGUGGAACGGUAUUUGAUCAGAGUAUAAUUAAAGCGUAAUAGUCUUACACCAUUACAUUUCACUGGAGCGUGUGAACUUCAUUUCUUCCCCGGAUUUAGAGUUGGAUCUCAGACCUCAUCUUCUGCUCCAGCUUUCCACAUUAAGCUUAAAAACAGCCUGAACGAUUCGAACGUUCAGUUUCCAGAAAGCCGUGACCUUUAGCUUAACCUUUAACGCCGGGUCAUACGGAUAGAGCCGUUCACGCCGUGGCGCGUUUUCAAACGAAAACAAAAACGCUUGUUCUGAUGUCUGUCGGCGAAAGGUCGUGUUCGCGAGCCGAGGUUUUUAAACUGUUUUUAAAUCACCAGGGUUUGAUUUUUCUGUAGCUUUUCCAGCUGUGCUGCCGUACCGCUACGACGUCUCCUCGGGAAGGAAGGAACUAACAAACGAAAAGUAAAAAAAGGAACAAAGUAAACUAAAUUAAAAAGAAAGAAAGGAGACGAGAAAGGAAAAAAAGAAAGCGACUAAAUAAAGAAAGAAAAGAAGGCAGCUGUCUGUGAGAGAAAUUGAGUAACUGUUGAAGGAAAGAGAGAGAGAGAGAAGAGAAAGCAAGUGAAUUAAAGAAAGACGUUGACUGUGUGCAGAGAGAAAGGAAACUAAUGAAAGCAACUAAAAAGAAAAGAAAAAUAAAGUCACUCCAAAGGAAAGGAGGGGAAAAAAACGAGCAAAAAAGUAACUACUUAAAAAAAAAAAAAAAAAAAAAAAAAAAAAAAAAAGAAACGAAGUAAACAAACGAAACGAGAAAAGAAACCGUCGGAAGAAAAGAAGGAAGAACGACUGACUGAAAGAAACGGAAGAAAGAAAAUGAAAGAAACGGAAAGAAAGACUGAAUACAGGAGAAAAGAAAGCGGCUAAAAGGGAGUAAUAAAGUAACAAUUAAAAGAAAGAAACAAACAAAAAAUGACUUAUUUUUUUAAAAAAAGAAUGAAAUGAGGUUAUCUCGGCGAAAAAAGAAACCGUCGAAGGAAGAAGGACAUUAACUAUAGAAUCGAAGAAAGAAAGAAACGAAUUAGAAAAGGAAAUGAACUCUGCAAACCGAAAAAGAAAGAUAGUAAUUAUGUAAAGAAAGAAAGGAACUAAUGAAAGAGAAAACGAAGUGAUUAAAGAAUCUACUGAAACGCAGUAACUGAAGAAAGAAACGAACAGGUUUUUCUGUUUUCAUCAGUUCCUUGCGUUCGCCAGAAGAAAGAAAGUCGUACGAGAGAUCGACGCCGUGUCUCUCUUCCUGCUCUACCUGGUGGAGAUGAUUUGCUCUGGUCUGCAGAUCAUCUACAACACUGACGAGGUGUCCUUCAUCCAGAACCUAGUUUUUUGCGUAGAGAGAGCGUACCGCGUCCCGGACUUCGGCAUGUGGGAGAGGGGAAGUAAAUACAACAACGGCAGCACAGAGCUGCACUCCAGUUCUGUGGGACUCGCCAAAGCAGCUCUCGAGGCCAUCAACGGUUUCAACCUGUUUGGAAAUCAGGGAUGCUCCUGGUCUGUGAUAUUUGUGGAUCUGGAUGCUCACAACCGUAACAGACAGACGCUGUGCUCCCUCCUACCCCGGGAGUCCCGCUCUCAUAACACGGAUGCGGCCCUCUUGCCCUGUAUCAGCUACCCGGCGUUCGCCGUGGACGACGACGCCCUUUACAGCCAGACGCUGGACAAAAUCGUCCGCAAGCUCAAAGGCAAACAUGGCUUCAAACGAUUCCUGAGGGACGGAUACAGGACGGCAAACGAGGACAUGAACCGCAGAUACUACAGACCUGCUGAGAUGAAGCUCUUUGACGGGAUCGAGUGUGAGUUUCCCAUAUUCUUCAUCUACAUGAUGAUCGACGGUGUGUUCAGAGGAAACACGGCUCAGGUGAAAGAGUACGAAGACCUCCUGCAGGCCAUCAUUUUUCAGUCUUAUGAAGGUCAUGCCGUCAUUCCAAAGUACUACCACGUGCCGGCGGAUUUUGUGGAGGCGGAGCAGAAGAAACACGGCAGCCAGAAACGUUUCCCGAGUAACUCGGGUCGUGACGGGAUGCUGUUCCUGUGGGGUCAGGCUCUGUACAACAUCGCCAAGCUGCUGGUGGAUGGUCUGAUUAGCCCCAAGGACAUCGACCCCAUCCACCGCUACGUACCACGCCAGGACCAGAGGAACGUUAGCAUGAGAUACUCCAACCAGGGUCCCAUCGAGAAUGAUGUGGUGAUCCACGUGGCACUUAUCGCCGAGAGUCAGAGGUUGCAGGUUUUCUUGAACACGUACGGUAUUCAGACUCAGACCCCUCAGCAGGUGGAACCCAUUCAGAUUUGGCCUCAGCAGGAGCUUGUGAAGGCGUAUCGUUUCUUGGCCAUCAAUAAGAAGCUCGGUCUAAGUGGACGUCCAGAGAGACCGGUGGGCUGUAUCGGGACCUGUAAGAUUUAUCGCAUCCUGGGGAAGACCGUGGUGUGUUACCCCAUCGUUUUUGACCUCAGCGACUUCUACCUUUCUCAGGAUGUCAUGCUGCUGAUCGACGACAUCAAGAACGCUCUACAGUUCAUUAAGCAGUGCUGGAAGAUGCCGGGUCGCCCGCUCUUCCUCGUCCUCAUCAGAGAGGAUAACAUCAAGGGGAGCCGUUUCAACCCUGUACUGGACAUGCUGGCCUCCUUCAAGAAGGGCAACAUCGGAGGGGUCAAAGUUCACGUCGACAGGCUUCAGACUCUCAUCUCCGGAGCUGUGGUUGAGCAGCUGGAUUUUCUGCGUGUCAACGAGGCAGAGAUUCCCGAGUUUAAGAGCUUCGAGGAGCUGGAGCUGCCCAAACACUCGAAGGUGAAGCGUCAGACGAGCACGCCCAACGCCUCGGACCUGGAGCAGCAGCCCGAGAUCGACAUCGACGAGUGGAGGAACAAACCCACGCACGAGAUCCUGCAGAAGUUUAACGACUGUGUCUGUCUCGCCAGCCAGGCGCAGCUCGCUAGUGUUCUCCUGAAGAAAGAAGGUCCAGACUUCUUCAGCAAAGAUGAGUUCCUGAACGCUGAGUUGGAGCGGAUCUACAGGAGAGCAGGCAGCAGGAAGCUCUGGUCCGUUGUACGUCUCGCUGCCGGUCUCUUAACUAAGCUAGUGGACAGCCUUGCUCCGAGUAUUACUAGCGUUUUAGUGCAUGGCAAGCAGGUGACUCUGGGUCUUUUUGGACACGAGGAGGAGGUGAUCUCUAACCCGCUGUCUCCGGCUGUCAUUAAGGACAUCAUUUACAGGAAGUGCAGUCCUCACGGCGAGCGAGAGGCCGUGCUGCAGCAGGAGCUCGUCAUCCACAUCGGCUGGAUCAUCUCCAACAACCCCGAGCUGUUCAGCGGCAUGCUCAAGAUCCGCAUCGGCUGGAUCGUCCAGGCCAUGAAACACGAGCUGAAGAUCCGUGCAGGAGACAUGCCGCCUCAGGACAUCUACCAAAUGUCACCUAGUGACGUCAAACAGCUGCUGUUGGACGUUCUUCAACCUCAACAGACCGGCAGGGCGUGGCUGAAUCGGCGUCAGAUCGACGGAUCUCUGAAUCGUACGCCGCUCGGGUUUUACGAUCGCGUCUGGCAGAUUCUGGAGCGGACGAGUAACGGCAUCAUGGUGGGAGGUCUUCACCUGCCUCAGCAACCCACUCUGUCUGAUAUGACCAUGUACGAGAUGAACUUCUCCCUGCUGGUGGAGGACACGCUGAAGAACAUCGUGCUGCCCGAAUACAGACAGAUCAUUGUGGAGCUCCUGAUGGUGGUGUCGCUGGUGCUGGAGAGAAACCCGGAGCUGGAGUUUCAGGAGAAGGUGGAUCUGGAUCGGCUGGUGAGAGAAGCCUUCUGUGAUUUCCAGAGGGAUCGAGGACGAGCCGAUGCGGCUCAGAGUCAGAAGGAGAUGGAGGUGUUCUAUAACACUCCUCCACUGGGGAAGAGAGGCACCUCCAGCUACCUGACUAAAGCUGUGAUGAUCCAGCUGCUACAGGGGGAAGUGAAGCCCUGCAAGGACGACCCCUGCUCCGUCAGCUGAACACACUUUCCUCCCCCCCCCGCUCUCUCUCCCUCUCGGUCUUGUUUUUCCUUCUUAGUCCAGUUUAUUUUUAGCAUGUAGAGCGUUCUCACCCUUUGCACUUCCUCUUGCACAUUUUUAAACUGCACUGUUACACUGAAUUUUUUUAAAAACCCGAGUGUUCAGUUCACUUCCUGACCCUCUCAUCCCACACCUUCCUCACAUAACGCUUUACUUCAUCGAUUCGGCCUCUGACGGCCCCGUUUACAACUCGCACCAUUAAACAAAAACAAAAAGUGAAACCCGGUUUGUACAGUAUAGUGAUGAUGAUAAUGUGAGCAAAAUAUUAUCAGUAAGCUACUCGUAUCCUAUUUGUCCCAUACACAGCUAAGCCCCACCCACCUAGCCGCAUAGAUACAAUUCCAUUGGCUCAUAUUUCCAGCAUGGUUCUGGCGCUAUUUAGGCAACGUUUACACCGCAUCCCACCGUAAAUAUAUUUACGUUCAUUCUAGAAACUUAAGCAACAGCUUAGAAACAAUAAAACUGGGUUAAACAGACUACAGCUGGCGACCUAGCAUUACACCAAGUGGCUGUCAUGAAUCCAUGAAUCUAAAUAUUCACUUAAAUAAAGUCUUGAGGCAUCGCUGCAGUAACGACAUAUUUUUUACACACGCUAGAGAGAUCGACAUCAAGAUAUUUUGGUAAAAAAGCUGUCAGUUUUAAUGGCUAAUUGUGGUUAAAAUCAUUUAUUUAUAUGGAAUAUUGUGUUACGAUCGUAACGUGAACUCAAGGGUAAUAUAAUAAUACUGAUUAGGUUUAUUCAUGCACUCUUUAUACACACCCACACCUUCACCCUACUCGUCUUCCUCAGAUCUACUCUCUUCGUUUUCGGCCCGGUCAGUUCCCGCUUUGCUUUUAUUAUAUGCUGGACCAAACGGGACAAAAUUAAACGCUAAUAUUCACGCUUGGUAUUUAUUAACAGCUGUUUUAUUUGAUUGUUUUACUCUCAACGACCUCUCUGCAGUAAAGCUAGCGUCCGAGUAAGACGGAGAGCAUGUUAGCGUUAAAGUGGUUGAAAAUGCGAAAAGCAGAAGCAGAUCAAGCUAGGUCGCUAACUAGCUAGCAAACGUUAGCCAAUAACACAACAGAGCUGUGCAUAACCUAAUCGAAUUAGCCGACCCCACCCACUGAGGGUGAGGGACAGGUGAGCUUACCUUGUAGUAAGACAGCCAAGCGAUUAAGGCGCAAGUUCAAGUCUGAAUGCAUAAGUUUGUGCCCCCCUAGGUUUUUGAAUGCAAACUAUAUCCCUAUGUAAACAUUGACGUGUGGUAACGAAGACGCGGCGUAGAACUGAACACACCGCGUCUUUAAUGCGCUGCUGCGAGUUUGACUGAUUUAUUUAUUUAUUAAAAGAUGUAUAAUAAUUUUGGCUCGUUCGGUCCAGCACGUGUAGUUCCACACUUACACCAGCCUGCUUACAACAAACUGAACACUGUGAACAGAAAAACAAAUCGGACUUUUAUAUUUUAUUUCGUUUUUUUUUUUUUACCUGCCUCCGCUGAUUUUCUGCAGGAUGUCAGGAUGCGUCCGUGUUUCUCACUUCUCUCUGCAUGUGGAUUUUUUUUUGUCGCAUGAUGGUGGAACUAUGUAAAAAUAGAAAAAGAUUAAAAAAUAGAAAAGAUUAUUCUAGAGUUUUAUGUUUAGAAGGAUUUUCACCGCUUUAGCAGACCUUUCCUAGUCCUAAAGCUUCGGUGGAGUCUAUUAGAGAGAGAGUGUGUGUGUGUGUGUGUGUGUGUGUGUGUUCGUUCAUUCUCCCUGAAGACUUUUUAUAGACCCUUAAGUGUAGAAAUGAAAUAAAUGCUAAUCUGAAGUGCA